AUGCCUCCUCCACAACGCGUCCUCGUCUCAUAUGCGGGGACGCAGACCUAUUUAGCAUCGGCCCACUGGGACCAAGUCCACACUGCACUUCUUGCCCAACUCCCUUUACGCAAUAUUCACUGGAAAUCUGCAUCACGCCCGUCAAUUAGGACGAUCCAAGAGCUGAACAUUGCCCUUGUGCCUCUCGAGUCGUUGCGCGACGAACACACCUCCCAAAUCCCUGCAACUUUACUGGAGAAACCGUUCCUCAACAUUUAUAUCGUCACCUGCGACGACGCAGACCUCGAAGGCUACAAGAACACUAUCAAGCGGCAAGUGAAGGAGUGGCAUACGACCAUCUCUGCCAAAAAGAAUCAGGAAUGGCUUAUUUUCCACGUCGUCCGACCCGAUGCGCGCCUGCCCAGCGGCAACUUCUUCCAACUCAAAGGCUCGGUGUUGGACAAAUUAAAGUCAGACUUCAACUCGGACAAGCGGGAGCGAUGUGUCCAGCUAUCUUGGACAUCGGGAUACUCCAACCCUGCUGUCUGGGCUGACUUUCUUGCGAAACUUAAAGACGGAUUACUUUCCUCGUUUGACGCUGCUGUGACGCAGAGAGAAGAAGAAGUGAAGCGCUCGGAAAGCCAGCGACAAAUGCCGGGAUGGAAUUUUUGCACUUUCUUUAUUCUCAAAGAGAGUCUGGCAGGCUCAUUUCAUGGCGUCAACCUUUUCGAGGACGCUCUUGUGCAGUAUGACGAACUGGAGGUGUCUUUCUAUCAAGUGCUGAAGGAAAGAAACCUGUCCUGGUUUGGCACGCUCAUCACACCGACGCCCAACGACGAUUCUGUGCCCUUGCUGUCCAUUUCGAAAAAGCCUUACCGUGAUCUCAUCCUCGCCAACACCAUUUCCGUUUUCGAUUUCCGGAUAUAUAUACUCGCAAGACAAUGCGAGAUUCUGGCGAGUAUGGGGCGGCUGAACGAAGUCGGGAAGAAAGCUGCUGCAUUCUUGGGUGCUUUCGGACGGAGGCUGCGCGAAGUCGAGGAAACCCUCCCUCGAUUCUUUAUCGAAGCGUGGACGUAUUGUUCUGCGCUGAGUGUUGUUGACCAAUGCGACACAUGGGCGACCGGCUCUGAUAUUCAAGGUCCCAAACUAAAUGCUUUCAACGCGAGCAAGGGCGAACUUUUAGAGCUGGCUCGUGGCCAACUAGACAUCAUCGGUGUCCAACUUGAGCAUCUUCCUGCUCGCACCCCUUUCUGCAACACUACUCGAGCACCUUCGCCUAGUCCUUUUGCCGCAGACAAACAACUUUCCGGCCGAACUUUCAUCGAAGCUAUAGAGAACAGGAAUUCCUUCUACGAAACCUACGUUGGUAUCACCAAUCGCGCUAUCGACAUGUAUGCCAAAGCUGGUCGCCGCAAGUUUGCACUCAGAUUGCACGGAAGUCUGGCAGCGCUUGAUGUGCAUCGAGGACGACUGGCGGAAGCACUGACAACUUAUACCUCGCUGCCUGCGCAUUACUCUCCCCAUCAAUGGACUUCACUCGAGUCGCUGAUGCUAUCCAUGGCCCUGGACACUCAUGCGCAGCUUAAUAAAUCAAAUGAUAGGGAGUGGAUUCACAUCCUUCUGUCGUUUCUCAAGACGCGUGUUGAGACUGCGGGCCUCGACAUGCUCAUGCACGAGGAAGACAGUGUGGAGUACAUUUCAAAACUUAUCCAAUCAAUGAAGGACUCCGCAACUCAACUGGACUCCGAUCUAUUGUACUCUGACCACCCUGCCAUUUCCAUACGCGCCGAGGAGUCGGCCAAACCAGCUGGCGAUAAAGACGGCUCGUUCUUGAACGUGGUGGUCCAUAACCGUCUGCCAUGUGUCGUUCCUCUAGACGAAGUUGUUGCAGUUUUGUCAGGGCGGGAUGCCGAACGCCUGCGAUUUUCUGCCUCUGUCGACUCAAUCCCUCCGGGCAAAACCGAGAUAACGUUGUUUUGUCCAACAUCAUCAGCGGGCAUGUACGUGCUUGAGAGUAGCGAGGCACAUAUGGCGCACGUGAUCUUCCAGUGGACACAUAAGAAAGCGGGUACAAGUAAAGUCCCUACCGCGCGCAGUAACUUUUCGCUGGUCCGCAUUCCUCGGGAUCUUUUGGCCAUGGAUGUCCGACUUCAUCAACCCAAUCUCAUCGAACUUGGUCGGCCACCUAUGCUCCUUGUUGCGAUUUCGACUGGCCGCAAUCACGUAGCAAAAGGGUCCAUCAAAUUCCGUGCUCCUUCAGUCACGUUCAAAUACCAGAAUGUAACCAAUGCACAUCCGGAAAGCGAAGCGUUCACGGCAGACAACGCAUGUAUUCCUCUUUCUAAUCUUGCGGAGGGUUCUCAUCUGGAGUUGCUUCUUCCAUAUUCCGACGCGUCUGCUUUCCAUGUUAUGAGAGUAGAUGUCGAAGUUGAAUACGUGACAGAAGCGGAGUCCAGCAUAACGAGGACCCUGCACCUUUCGCGGGUAGUAGCAACCACUCUUCCUGUUUCUGUGAAUGUCCAAGACUUCUUCCGAGGCGAUCGACUGUUUUCUCGAUUCACAGUCUCGACUACAAGUCACCAACACGUACGAAUUGCGGAUGCUCAACUGCAACUCCCGGAUAGCGGACUCGAUGGCGUCAAGGUCGUUCCGUGCUCUCCCCAGUCGCGUGGCGUUGUGACUGUCACUCCCGCCCAGCCCGCGAACUUCUUGUUCUACACCGAAUCUGCCCAUGGACCAGUGCGAGACCCUCUUAAAUUCAGGAUCACCUAUCGAAUGCUACGUGAAGAGGUGGAAGCUCUGAUUGAAUCGACCGUCGAGGAAGUGAUUGGCAACUCAGCUUCCUUAUUGGCCGAACGGGUUCAACUCGUCAACCGGCUUGUGGAAGCUCUCGAGCAAGACAGCGCAUGGGUUGAUUUAUAUGGCGUAUCUGGAGAGCUUGUCGUUCCGAACAGCAUCGGCCAGCUCUCGGAUAGCGACGAGCCUCUACAGAAAGUGGUCAAGCUGUUGCGCGAGCACAAGCACCCUCAUCCUCCGGUGGGCAAAUGGCGAGAAAUCAAGAUUCCAGUCGACGUUCCCUUCAUGAAUAUUGUAGCGGGAGCGGGUAUAACGCUGACACCACCCGGCUCAACACCUGCAGGACACAGCACUCCCUCAUUAUAUGCAGGGCAGCCGAUUCCAGCCACCCUGACCAUCAACACAUCAUUCCACUGGGGCUCAAAUGUGAAGGACUCGCAACGGAUAUAUAUGAUGCGCUUCGACGUUGAGGAAAUGGUGCGCGACUGGUUGGUCAGCGGUCGCAAACGCGGCGAUUUCGCAGCCAAGGAUAAUGGGACGUAUACGGUGCCCAUCACUCUCAUUGCUCUCCAUCAUGGCGAGUUGGUGUUGCCGAAAGUCAUGGUUUCGGCGUUGCCUCUGGUUGGCGAGGUUACAAUGGGGUCAAUGGCCAUUCCAAGCACAGAAACGUACCAAGUUCACGGCGCUGAAAAGGUCCUAGUACUUCCUCGCGGCGGCCGUAGUACCUUCGUACUGGGAAUGGGUUCAGAGUAA